AUGGCAUGGCCCUUUCGCCGACCUCCGAGUUGGGAGUAUGCAGAUGGAGGCAUGAUACAGGGCUGUGGGAUGCCAGGCUGCAUGAUAUGGAAGGUGAACCAUGUUCGACAGUUAAAAUUCCGCCGGGCGCACGUGCGCAAAGCCGUGCUGUACGACUCGCGAGACUACAUCAUCGACUUGUCGGAGGAUGAGUCCUUGGACGGGGCAUUUGCCGAUGAAGGCCCGCCAGAAGCGGAAUCUCCGUUCCAGGCCCCGGAGCCGUCACCAGCACACCCUCAAAAGAGGAGUCGCACUGAGUCUCCAGAGCUCUCGCCGGGUGCAGAUUGCGAGCUGGAGUUCGAAGGGGACCAGACGAGCGAUGAGGAGUUCAUCCCCCGCAAUGCCAAGCUUGCCAGACCUGCCUUGAUCAAGGAUCUGCAUGGCACCACUGCCCACGAGGAGAAGGGCCCAAAGCUCCAGCGCCUGCCCAGCCAACUCCAGGCUCUCCUGCCCACCUUGCAGCUCAGCGCUCCAAGGGAGCUGGAUGCUGCCAACGUCCUUACAGAGCAGCAGACGAAGGCAGUCCAGUAUGUUGCGAGCAUGGCGCGGCCGAAGAGCCAAAGUGCUGAGCCUGGCUUGCAGAGGCGCCUGUCAAAGUGGGGCUAUGGCAAGGAUACGCUGGCCAAAGUCCUCGCAUACAUCCGCGACGAGGCACCCAUCGUGAUCCACGUCGACCUGGUGAAGUAUGUCGCUUCCUUUCAGGCGGCUGGUGGCUCAGUACCCUAA